CAAAACAAACCUAUUAACCAAAAAGUUGAAACUUUUGGUUCAAAUUCAAAAACCUCUUUGGGAUCAGAGGCUUCCCGAAAAUCUUGGAGUAUUCUUAUUCACCAAUCAAACAAAAUUUCAAGUCCUCUUGAGAAGAUUCAAACAACUUCUUACAGUCAAAAAAAAUUUAUCAAUUAUUAACAGAAAUCUCCAUCUUUUCUAUUCAUUUUUUUUUUCUAAUUUAAAUUCAAGUCAAACAGAUCAAAAUACCUGUUUUUGACUCUCUUCUUCUUCUUCCUCCUUGAUUUGGAUCUCUAAAAUCUUCAAUCCCCAUGUUCUAACUUUUAGAAAAUUUACAACAGUCUCUUUUUUAUCACACACACACAAACUUUGAUCCUCGAAUAUAAAUAUAUAUAAUUAAAAAAAAAGAUAAUAUUCGUGUUUCUCAUUUUGGAGUCAUAAUAAAGAAACCUUCCAUUUAAUUUUAAUCCCCCUCCAAGAAACCUGAAGAUUCUCUAAUAAGAAGAAGCUGCCAUUAAAAGAGAAGAAGAGGAAGAAGAGAAAAAAAUGUCGCGUCUAGACGAGAUGAUACCUUCAAGCCCAGGAAAGUUCAAGAUGGAGAAAUCUUCAUACUUGCAUCGUCUCAGAUUCCAAUCUUCUCUCACAAAGUUUGCAUUUUUCUCCUUCUUCCUCCUCUGUCUCAUCUCACUACUCUUCCUCCGAUCUCCUCCUUCCGUCAACACUUCCCCUUCCUCCUCCUCAUCCGAUCCAUCUCGCCGCUCACUCCGUACCAACACCUACGGAGGACCCGCUUGGGAAAAACGUAUCCGAUCCUCUGCUCGUAUCCGAACCUCAACAACCAACGGAAUCACAGUUCUAGUAACCGGAGCAGCCGGUUUCGUCGGCACGCACGUCUCCGCCGCAUUAAAACGACGAGGAGACGGCGUAAUCGGGUUAGACAACUUCAACGACUACUACGAUCCAUCUCUAAAACGAGCGAGACAAGCUUUACUAGAGAGAAGCGGUAUCUUCAUAGUAGAAGGAGACAUAAACGACGUCGAAUUGCUUCGUAAGCUUUUCAAGAUCGUUACCUUCACUCACGUUAUGCAUCUAGCAGCUCAAGCUGGUGUACGGUACGCAAUGGAAAACCCUAGCUCUUAUGUUCACAGCAACAUCGCCGGAUUCGUUAAUCUCCUCGAGAUCUGCAAAUCCGCGAAUCCACAGCCAGCUAUAGUCUGGGCUUCGUCUAGCUCAGUCUACGGACUCAACACUAAAGUCCCCUUCUCUGAGAAAGAUAGAACAGAUCAACCGGCGAGUUUAUACGCCGCGACUAAAAAAGCCGGCGAAGAGAUCGCUCACACCUAUAACCACAUCUACGGUUUAUCACUAACCGGAUUGAGAUUUUUCACGGUUUACGGACCUUGGGGAAGACCUGACAUGGCUUACUUCUUCUUCACUAAAGAUAUUUUAAAAGGCAAAUCGAUUUCGAUAUUCGAAUCGGCGAAUCACGGAACGGUGGCUAGGGAUUUCACUUACAUUGACGAUAUAGUGAAAGGAUGUUUAGCGUCGCUUGAUACGGCGGAGAAGAGUACGGGGACAGGAGGGAAGAAGAGAGGUCCGGCGAUGUUGAGAGUGUUUAACUUAGGGAACACGUCGCCGGUGCCGGUUUCAGAUCUGGUGAGGAUAUUGGAGAGGCAGUUGAAAGUGAAGGCGAAGAAGAAUUUGAUUAAGAUGCCACGAAACGGUGACGUUCCGUUUACUCAUGCUAAUAUUAGUUUAGCUCAACGUGAGCUUGGUUAUAAACCCACCACUGAUCUGCAGACCGGUUUGAAGAAGUUUGUCAGAUGGUAUUUGAGUUAUUACUCCUCCUCCGGUCAGUCUAAAGCCGCCGCUAGAUGAUGAUCUUUUGAUUUCUUGUGUUUUUAUUUUUCCUUUUUUUCUUCUGUUUGAGUAAUUUUGGGGGAUUGUUGUAACAGAGAGUGAGAAGAACACAGAGAGAGACCCAUUCGGUGAUUUUUAAUUUAAUUUAUUUAUUUUACU